AUGGCAUCUGCCUCAGGAGGACAAGACCACAAUGGAAACACGUCCAUACACGCUCGUCUCCGCCACAGAGGCAUCUACACCCCGCUGCCGGAGGGAAGUCGCUGUUUUCGGCUCUUAAUGCUAAAUCCCGGCACAGGAGAUGAACCGCUCUCUGGUCAGCUCAGGAUUGGCUCACUCCAUGGUGAUAAUGAUGACGAUGAUGAUGAUGCUGGGGAGGACGACGACAAUGGCCAUUCGCGCCUCACCUACGACGCAGUCUCGUACGUAUGGGGCGAUGAGCUGCGAGAUACCCGCUCCAUCACCUUGAAUGGAGUCGUCGUCCCCAUUGGCGCGAACCUGCACUGGGCUCUGCGUCGCCUCCGACUCCAGGACGAGUCCCGCGCCCUAUGGGCCGACGCUCUCUGCAUCAACCAGCGUGACAUGGCCGAGCGCAGCACCCAGGUGGCUGUCAUGGGUCUCAUCUACAGUCGCGCCCGCUGGGUGCUAGCAUGCGUUGGUUCUCAAGAUGUCGACAGUGGCGCGGCGGCCAAGAUAGCGGGCCUGCUUUCUACUUAUGCACCGGCCAUGCGAUCCCCUGCCGGACCGCCCGAGGCAUUAGAGCAAGACCCAAGGUGGACCGCUCUCCCUACCUUGCUUGGGAAGCCCUGGUUUCAACGCGCCUGGGUACUUCAAGAGGUUGGUCUGGCGCGAGAUCCGUGGAUCGUGUACGGCGAUGCAACCCCCAGGAGCUCGCGAGCCGUCCCAGACGGCAACGAAUUCAUCAGUUACCGUGACCUUAUGUACGUGAUGGAGUGGCUCAACACCCACGCUGCCGACUUUGCGUCCAAGGCGGGUCUAGGCUGCCUGCUCAUCCACAUGCGCUGGACGGACUGGACAUUACACAAGGCCGACGAGCAUCAGUACAGAUUCCUGGACUUGCUGGACCACGGGGCUUUGUUGGGCUGCAGAGAUCCUAGGGACCACGUCUACUGCUUCCUGGGUCAUCCACUGGGCAGGACAAACGAUGGGAGGCCGCUGGUGGUUCCAGACUACCACAAGACUGUCACCCAGGUAUACGAGGAGGUGUCGGCGCUGCUGAUCCGGAACGCGGGUGUGAGGAGCCUCUGCAUCGUCGAGCACAACGAGGCGUCGAUAAAAGCACCAUCCGUCCCGUCGUGGGUCAUACGCUGGAACAUCAAUCGCGUGGCCAACAACAUUUAUUGUCACCCCAACGACACCUUUGCAGCCUGCAGGCACGACGACAAUUACAACAACGUCCAGCCGGAAUUUGUCGGCCAAGACGGUCGCGUACUGAGAGUCAAAGGGGUCGCCAUCGAUGUCAUCCAGGCCUGCUAUCGUAUUUGCCUCCGUCGCGAGUCAAGGGUCUUAUACUUCAGACGGGACGACCGAUCCAAGUCGUCACCCUCGGUCAGCCUUGAGGAGUUGAUCGCAGAGCUUGAAAACCACGCGACGCCAUAUGCAUACGCCUCCUGGCCACGCGAGGAACACUCCGUCCCCGGUGUGGCCAACCAACCCGUUAGCGGUGGCAACAAUCGGGCGGCCAACCUCGCGCUGACACUGUGCAUGGGACAGCUAGAGGACACGGAUACGGUACUUGCGGGCGAAACCUUGACGCUCUUACUGGGUGCGCUUCGCAGCAGGCGCGGGCCGCGGGCCAAAAGACGGAAACAAGAGGAUCCUCCCGCCCAUGUCGAAAACCGCAUCCACAACCUCUGGCACUGCAUCGAGGCAUACUGCGACGGCCGAUGCUUCUUCGUCACCUCGAAUGGUUACUACGGUCUUGCGGACUUGGUUACAAGGCCUGGAGACGUAUGUGCAGCAGUGCGCGGCAGCAGAGUACCAUUUGCCUUGAGACCAGGACAGGGAGAGUGGAGCGGCAUGGGAGGUAAAAGGACAACAAAAGAAGCAAGGAAAACCGUUUUCAGGCGGGUGCGGUUGGUUGGUGAAGCAUACGUACAUGGGUUCAUGAGUGGGAGGGCAAUAGAUCUGUUGAACAAAGGAGACCUGAUGGAGGAAGCCAUUGAUAUCUGGUGA